GAUAAGAAAGCCGCGAAAAUUUGGAAGCGCGCAGUGGAGCUCGGGGACGUGGACGCGACCAUUAACCUUGGAAGAUUGUACAACAACGGAAGUGGCGUCAAGCUGGACAAGAAGAAGGCGGAGGAGCUGUUUCGCGCGGCCGCAGAUCGGGGCGACGGGGUCGCGGAAUGCAAUUUAGGUUUUUUUCUUGAAUCUGAGGGGAAAUUUGAAGAAUCGUUCCGGUACUACGCGCUCUCGGCUGAUCAAGGCUAUACCACUGGAGAGAACAACCUUGGCUGCUGCUACAUGGUCGGAAGAGGCACGGAAGUCGACCUCGGCAAAGCCAGAUACUGGUUCGAGCGCGCCGCUGCCAAGGGCGACGAGCUAGCUAUAACGCGCCUCGCACACCUCGACGCGCGAGGUGCGGCACGACGGCCUACUAAAGCCGCGAAGAUUUACCGGCGCGCCGUGGAGCUCGGAGAUGUCAACGCAAUGAAUAAUCUUGGGCUCUUCUACAAUAAUGGGCUCGGCGUCAAGCUGGACAAGAAGAAGGCGGAGCGGCUGUUUCGCACGGCCGCGGACCGGGGCGACGCGGCCGCGCAAACCAGUUUAGGGUUUUUACUCGAUACUGAGGAGAAACAUGAAGAAGCGUUCCGGUGUUACGUGCUCGCGGCGGAUCAAGGCUAUGCCACUGGAGAGCUCAACCUUGGCAUUUGCUACGAGCAAGGAGAAGGCACGGAGGUCGACCUCGGCAAAGCCAGAUACUGGUUCGAGCGCGCCGCUGCCAAGGGUCACGAGGCAGCUAUACAGGCCCUCGCGGACCUCGAC